CAGCUCGCGGGAUCAACCACACGUCACAUGCGAGGUAUAAAGCAUGCGCAGUCUCCCCCGCCUCGCGCGCUCGCAGCAGCCAUCGCCCAUUCCCAUCUCGCAUCUUUCCUCCCACUCUACUCACUUCAAGCUCACCCACCGCUCUCUGGUCCCAUUGACAUUAUUUCCUCGCCUUCAUCCAUCACUUACUCAACUCAGCUCAACUUCCACCGUCACCAUGCCUGCCAAAAAAGCUGCUGCCGCCGCCGCUCCGGCCAAGGAAACAAAGGAAAAGAAGCCUGCCGCCGCCCCCGCCCAUGCCUCAUACAAAGAUAUGAUCAAGGAAGCCAUUCUGAACCUCAAGGAACGUAAUGGAAGCAGCCGACAAGCGAUCAAGAAGUAUGUCAAGGCAAACAACAACAUCACGGUCACCUCCGAGACUCAGUUCGAUUCCCUGUUCAACAAGGCACUGAAGACCGGUGUCGAGAAGGGUGACUUCCAACAACCCAAGGGUCCCUCUGGCCCCGUGAAGCUCGCGAAGAAGGAAGCCAAGCCCGCCGAGAAGAAGACCGUCAAGAAGGAGAAGGCCCCCAAGGAGGCGAAGGAGACCAAACCCAAGGCACCCAAGACGAAGACCGUCGCCAAGCCCAAGACUGCCGCCACAAAGGCGAAGAAAGCGACUACCCCCAAGAAGGCUGCCGCCGCCGCUAAGCCCAAGGCCAACACCGCCACUAAGAGGGCACCGAAGACCAAGACCAAGACUGAAGCACCGGCCCCCGCUGUCACCGAUGCCCCUACCGUCCUGAAGAAGACCAAGUCAGGGCGCGUGAGCAAGCAGAAGACCACCACAGGUACGAAGAAGGCUGCCCCCAAGAAGGCGGCGACGACGAAGAAGGCCGCGGCGCCGAAGGCGGCAGCGGCUUAAAGGUCACAGCCCGGACUGAAGACUCCACGAGAGGUCGCCGACUUCUCGAUCAUGUUGCUGUUAUGACCUGACAUGUGCUGCUUCGUCUUUGUAUCUGUAUUUGGGAUCACGUCGAUGGGUUGAGGGAAACAAGGGGCUUGUAAGGAUGGAUGGGCGUCAAAUGAAGAGGGAGAACGGUCGCCGGUACCAGUCAUCGCCAUCUUACAGUCUCUCGCGUCAUGAAGGUUCUUCGUCGGCUUUUUACGCUUGUGCUGGGUAUGUCUUACUGGGUCUCAUUUUGGGUUGAUGUCGGAAGAGGACUCGUGUGUUAUCGGCGUUCGGGCAUCUUAGGGACAGGACACUGGGGAGUGAUAGGGGCAGUGUGGAUGAGCGCUACAGCAAGACCAACAACACCCAAGCCGGUGUGAGGGAAAGCUCUCUUAUCGCGCACCGCUCGCGGUCGGCGAACUGCACAGGAGCUAUAUCCCCCUGCAGAUAUCUGAUACACAAAUCAAAACCCGCCUUAAACUUCAA